CCGCCGCCUUCCUGCCCCCGCCAGCGGGACGCCCCGGGCCCUCGAGGUUGCGUCCGGGCCCCCGGGGGCCGCCGCGUUUCCUUCCCGGGGGGCCGCUUCCUCUCGCCUCCCCCACCGGCCGCCCCCCGCCGCCUUGGGGGUGCCCGCGCCCCCCGGCUCGGGCCAUGGGCAGGGUCUGACCCCGCCGCCGGACGGGGCCGGGGGGGGGUGGUCCGCGCCGCCUCCAUGUCGCUGGCGCUGAAGGCCCGGCAGAAGGCGAGGCGCAAGGGCGGCGGCAAGGAGCGGGUUUUCGGCUGCGACCUCCUCGAGCAUCUCCAGCAGUCGGGGCAGGACGUGCCCCAGGUGCUGAGGAGCUGCACGGAGUUCGUGGAGCAGCACGGGGUGGUGGACGGCAUCUACCGCCUCUCCGGGGUCUCCUCCAACAUCCAGCGGCUGCGGCAGGAGUUCGAUGGCGACCGCUGCCCCGACCUGCAGAAGGACGUCUACCUGCAGGACAUCCACUGCGUCAGCUCCCUCUGCAAGGCCUAUUUCCGCGAGCUCCCCAACCCGCUCCUCACCUACCAGCUCUAUGACAAAUUCGCCGACGCGGUGGCCAUCCAGAUGGAGGAGGCUCGCCUGGUGAAGAUCAAGGAGGUGCUGAAGGAGCUGCCGCUGCCCCAUUAUAGGACGCUGGAGUUCCUGAUGAGGCACCUCCUGCGCAUGGCGUCCCACAGCAGCCGCACCAACAUGCACGCCAGGAACCUGGCCAUCGUCUGGGCCCCCAACCUGCUGCGGUCGAAGGACAUCGAGGCGACGGGGUUCAACGGCACGGCGGCGUUCAUGGAGGUGCGCGUCCAGUCCAUCGUGGUGGAGUUCGUCCUCACCCACGUCGAGCAGCUCUUCGGGGACGCUCCUCUCCGCGGCGGCGAGUCCCCCCGUCGCUCGCUGCUGCUGGGCGGGGGGGUGCCGGGGGACGCGCAGCCCCCCCCGUACCAUGUGCCGGCGGCGCUGAGCCAAGGCGAUGGGCCCCCCCCGAUCCGGCCCUACCACACCAUCAUCGAGCUCAGCGACCACAGGAGGAAGGGCUCCCUGAAGGCCAAGAAAUGGAGAUCCAUCUUCAACCUGGGCCGCUCCAGCCACGAGGCCAAGCGCAAGCUGGCGAAGGCGGAGGAGAAAGACGACAAGUGCGGUAAAAUCAGCUUGCGGCCGGCCAAGAGCAUGGACUCGCUCAGCUCCGUCCCCUUCGCCAGCGACGACGACCCUCGGCUGAGCAAGAAGCGGUCGGUGAAGCAGCCGCCGCAGCGCCGGGAGAGCUUCGACACCUGCCCCUCGCCGCCGGGGAGCUGCCCCGAGCUGGACGAGAGCCUGGAGGAGAAGCCGAAGGGGCCGGAGGAGCUGCGGAGCCCCGAGUCGGAGGGCGAAAGCAGCACCAAGUCGGAGCCCACCACCCCCAAAGCCGGCCGGGCCUCGCUGGUGGCCCCCGGCCGCUCGCCCAAGGCCGCCCGCAGCCGUGCCGAGAAGUGCGCGGGGGUCCACAUCUCCGGCCCCUUCUCCGUCACCGUCCCCUUCCACAUCACCUCCAACCUCUCCCGCCUGACGCGGGGGCUGCCCUGCCCGGCGCUGGACCAGGGCAGGGACCCCCCCGCCAGCCCCCCGCCGCCCGCCCCACGCUCCCACGGGGAUCCCCAGCCCCGCGCCGGGGAGGGGCGGCCGCCGGGACCCCCGGGGUGCCGGGGGACACAGCGGGGCGAGUCCCCCCCGGCAGGGGAGGGGAAGGCGGACGCGGAGCAGACCCGGCUCUCCCUGGAGCUGCGGGAUUCCUUCGCCUUCCUGGACAGCCAGGAGACGUGGCUGGAGGGCGGCGGGGACGGGGAGCCGGCGGCGUGGUCCCUGCUGCCGGACAGCCUGCCGGGGGACGGCGAGGGGUCCCCGGCCAUGGAGGAGGGGAUGGAGAGCGGGUUCAUGAACCCAGGAGAGCCCCCAGUGGAGCAUCCCGACAGCUACCUCUCCAUCGAGGAGUGCAUGGACGAGAUGUUCUUCAUGGCUCCCAGCGGCUCCGACGCCGAGGACCGCGCCGGGGACACCGACUCGGACGACAUGUUCCUCAGCGCCCACGACGACCUCAGCCCGCUGGUGGCAUUGCUGGAGCUCCCCCACCAGCCACCGGGCGAGGGGACCUCCCUGGAGACCCAGGCACCGGCCCGAGCCGGCGCCGAAGGCACCGCCGUGCCGCAGGACAGGUCUCCAACGCCAGGGCUGUACCCCGCGGAGGAGGAUGCUCUGGGUGAGGGGGAGCACUCUGGGGACCCCGCCGGGGUGCCGGCAGAGGGGGGGACACCCCCAGGGCAGGGAGGUGGCGGGGAGGGGGCGGCAGAUGGCGGCACCGACCCCAGCAGAACUGAGUCCAGCAGCGAAGCCGGGCCGGGGGACGAGGCCGGAGGAGCCGGGGGCUGUGCGGGAGCGGGGCCGGCUCCCGACACAUCAGAUGGUGAAGUCGAAGUGGAUGGAGCUGGCUCCAGUCCCCCCGCCCCAGAGGAGCCUGGGGAGGGCGAACCCCCGCCUUCAACGGGGUCCCCUCCAGCCUCCUCACCGGAGGAGCCCCCCCAGGAGCCAGCAGAGCCCCUGGUCCCCGGGUCUGUCCCCGAGGUUGUCCCCGAGGCUGUCCCCAAGGCUCUCCCGCCCGCCACGGCCAGCAUGGAGGUGACCGUUGCCGCCCCCAGGAGCAGCCCCGCUUCCCCCUCGCUCUCCGCCUCAGCCCCGGAGCUGUACGUUGCUCCCCCCGAAGCCCCGCCGCCGACCCAGGCUGAGCCCCCCGGGGCUCCGGGGCUCCCCGAGGCCGUGGCCGUCCUGCGCCAUGACGGCAGCGCCCCGGCGCGCCUGGCCGCCCGCACCGUGCGGGUGCAGCAGGCCCGCUCCGUCCCCGUCGUGCCCCCCAAGCCUCAAUUCGCCAAGAUCCCCCCGGCCCUGCAGCCGUGGACACCCCCAGCCAUGGCGGGGGACGCCGCCGCGACCCCCCAGCGGGUCCCCAGCCCCCCGGCUCCCGAGGGGCCUCCUGGGGCGGGCAGGAGAGCAGGAUGGCGGGAGGGCGGCAGCGUCUCCUUCGACGAGGCGGUGGCCAUGGCCGCCCAGCAGCAGCCGGCCCAGGCGCCGGUGAGGAGGAUCCAGACCUACAGCGGGGGGGAGCCGGCGCCCGCCGCCCCCAAGGCCCUGCCCUUCCAGAGGAGUCCCCUGAGGCCACGGCUGCUGCGGCCCCUCAGCUGCGUGGCCGCCCCCGAGGCCGAGGCGACGGGGAGGAGCCGCCGGAGCCUCACCCGGCCGCCGGCACAGGCCGAGGGGGCGGCGGGCGAGCGCUGAGCUGCGGGGACGCGGGGACGGCGGACAUUUGUGCCCCUGUGCGGGCGACAACGGGGUCAAUAAAGGCUUUGUCU